AUGGAUGUUAGAACAGUGAUUCUUUUUUACAAUAGAACUUGGGUUGACAGAACAACAUACGUUGAUUAUGAAGUUGAAGGUAUACUAAUUCCAACAGAUUGUUCACAUUAUGAGCUUUCUCACAUAGUAUACGAAGCUUUGAAUUUGGACAGAAACAAAUAUACGAUUGAUCUUCAAUUUCAAGUAACGGAAGGCAUACCACCAAUAAGAAUCAAAGAUGAUAGUGGAUGCAAGUUUUUUGAACAAAUACGAAGGAAAAAUGAUGAUGAGACCAAAUAUCCUAUCUGCGUUAACAUCUCAACAUCCACAACCGACAAUGAACACAAUGAUAGAGUAAACUAUACCUACAAUGGGGAAACUAGUUUACAAACAAGGCAACUGCUACCAACAAGAACAGAAUAUGCAACAAAGAUGGCAGAUUAUGUGAUUGAACAAACUCAAAAAUCGAUGGAAGAAAGCUCCGAAGCAAAUCAAAUAAUUUCAAAUCCUCAAGUUGUUGAAAUACACAUUGGCCAAGUUUUUGCAAACAAGGAAACCCUCCAACAAGCAGUAAGCCUUCACUCAAUAAGAUACAAUCAACCUUUCAAGGUAAAAAGAUCAUCAAAACUAGACUAUAAACUAGUCUGUAUUGAUGAUAACUGCAACUGGACAUUCUUAGCAUCAAAACAUGGAAAGACUGACAUGUUUAUCACAAGAAAAAUAGAGCAUACUCAUACAUGUUCAUUGGACAUUACUUCUGGAGACCAUCCUCAAGCUACAAGCAACCUGGUUGGAAAGGUUAUAAAAAACAAGUUUGUAAACCCAAAAAGAGAUUACACUCCAACAGAAAUUGUGGAUGACAUGGCAGAUGAUUACAGUGUCUCUAUUGUUGGAGAAAAGGCAAUUGUGGAUGCUCGUCGCUGCCCACAAGAAUCAUACAGUGAGAUACCAUCAAUUUUAUACAUGAUGCAAAUAUCAAACCCAGGAACAAUUACAGACCUAGUAACAGAUGAAGAUAACAAAUUCAAAUAUCUAUACUUUGCAGUAGGUGCUUCAAUAAAAGGUUGGCAACACUGUACACCAAUAAUAGUCACGGAUGGAACCUUUUUAACAAACCAACAUGGAGGCACUUUGUUGAUAGCAAGUGCACAAAAUGCAAAUAGACAUAUAUUCCCACUUGCAUUUGCAGUAGUAGAUUCCGAAAAUGACAGCUCUUAG